AUGGAGAAGAGCUUAAAACAGGACAUUAGAGCCUUAUCUGAGCAAAUGACGGCUCUCACCAACGCCGUAGGGACACUCACGGCUUAUGUCCGGCAGUCGGGAUGGUCAGAGUCCAGCACAUUUGAAAAAAUGCAGGAGCUAUUUUCUAUAGACUCGGACGAGAAGCUCAUGGAACAAAAGUACAUGUUAAGGGUUCUGGGCCAACAAAAAUUGAGCCGGACCCUUACCAACGUUUUGACGGCCGAAAUGAUGAGAAACUAUAACCUAGAUGGCAGCCAACAAAAGAAAAAGUUGAAAUCAUUUCCGAAUUUCUUUCAAAGUUUGUUGAAUGCCAUCGGACAUGUUGAGCCGCGUGAGCCGGAGAAGGCCCUCACAAAGGCGAUGAGGUGUCUAAAAACCUUCACGCAGUGA